UUCCCAAAUCUCUCUAGCUAGCGUGACCUCCGGGCAAUCUCUUCCUCCAUUCUUUCUUGUUUCUAUUUUCCUUUUCUCCGCACUUUCUCCUCAUAAUUGCAUACACACUUACUUGACUCCACCGGUAUUUCCACACGCUCAAUUUCAUAUCUUCCCUACGUGUGUGUCUCUGUCUCUGUCUCUCUCUAUACUAUAAAACUUGCAACUUGUAAGUAUUACUAUUACUAUUACUAUUACUAUUACUAUUACCUCACUCUCUGCCUUUCAUUCCCUCUCUCUAAGUUUUCCCUUCCGAUAAGUCCCACAUGGAUGAACCCAAACAUUCCUCACUCUCACAACAACCUUCGACAUUCUUCAUGGCUCAGGACAUCCUCAGAAUCCUCGCUGCUCUUCUCUCCGCAGCUUCUAUCGCCGUCAUGGUCACCAACACCCAAACCGUCUUCAUCUUCACUCUUCGCUUCGAGGCACACUUUUAUUACCAACCCACUCUCAAGUUUUUUGUUGCCGCAAACGGUGUUGUCGCUGCUCUGUCUUUGUUGACGCUCAUAUUGAACCUUCUCCUCAAACGUCAGCCUUCACGAGGAUACCAUUUCUUUCUAUUCCUCCAUGACUUAGCGAUGACGGUGCUGUUGAUAGCUGGAUGUGCAGCAGCAACUGCAAUAGGGUACGUGGGACAGUUUGGAGAGGAGCAUGUGGGUUGGCAACCAAUAUGUGACCAUGUGCACAAGUUCUGCAGAACAAACUUGGUUUCUCUUUUGCUUUCUUAUUUUUCCUUCUUUGCCUAUUUUGCACUCACUCUCUUAUCACCCUUCAAAUGCCCCUUUUCUUCUUCUCCCAAGAAUUAAUCCAAUACUACAACAUCAAUAACAACUGCUGUUACCAAACUUUUCUAGGUUGCUAUAAUAACCACUUGAGCUCAGGACAUUUUUUUUUCAUAUAAUGUAUGUUACUGUUGUGUUUGGACUUGCUGAGGAGAUUUUAGUGGGUUUAUGGUUUAUAAAUGCUACAACAGCACCACCACGUAGAGUAGUUGUUGCAGAAAAUAUUUAUUAAUGAUAAUGGAGCUUUAUUGUGAGUAAUUA